UGUAAAGCAUCGCGCAAGCGUCUUGAUUCCAUAACUCGCCCAUACUCGCCCUACAUAAUUCAUUGUAGCCUCUAUGUGAUAUCGCUCUUCGCAAUACGUGAUGCUUUCUAGUUACGGGGCUAAAGACACUGUGUAGAGCAUAGGAUUUGCCAGGGGAAGGACCAAGUAUGGUUGUUCCUGCGUUGUCGUGCAUUUAUGCCUGCAUGCUAUUCAAUCCAGAUAUAUCUACGCCGUCCGAGUUUUUGGGUAUACAGAAAUGCCUGCAGGAUUUUAUUGGACCAUCGCCGAUUGUCCAACUAGAGUCCUUUACUAACUGGGAGAAACUCGUCAGUUAUGAUCACGUGUUCGUGGCGAAACCAAAGUCAGCUGAGGAGGUACAAAGAACGGUACGUGCUGCUCUGCAGUGCCGGCGACAAGUGCGCGGCGUGGGAAGCGCGCAUUCAUCUGAACCUAUUUGGGCCGACCGUGGGCAUAUCAAUUUAAAUAUAACACAACUGAUACUUGAUGAAGGAAAAAGGAUAAUUCUUCAUCCGGAGGGGACGCAGGCAUUGGACGGCACAGUCAGACCAUUCUCGUCGGUGACAGUGGCUGCUGGAGUUACGCAGGGAGAGUUGAUAAGUGAACUGGAAAAACAGGGUUACGCCUUCCCGCCAGGACCCCUCAUCUAUGACACUACGAUAGGGGGCGCUAUUGCCACGGCAUCACAUAAUGCUAUCAGUAAUGCACCAUCCAUUGGUGGCUUCAUGACGAGAGCGCGGCUGGUUGAUGGAUGGGGGGACGUCAGAGAGUUCAGCCAAGACACAGACAUCGAUAUUAUGAGAGCGUUAAGAUGCAACCUUGGGCUUCUUGGGAUUCUUUUUGAAAUUGAGCUUAGAGUUGUCCCACAAGAGGACGUCAUCAUUCGGAACGUAUUCACACCAAUGAGGAACCUGUUUAACCCGGACUUCAUCCGUGACACAGUACUAGACAACUACUUGACAUUUGCGAUGUACGCUCCGUACAACUCACUGACAGCAGAAGAGGCUAAGGUGAUCUCUGUUACGGGGAAGGUUCCGCAAUCCUGGAAUAGUGCCAACGACUUGGUGAUGUUGAAGCUUAUUAAACCAGCCUCUGGUUCCGUGGAGUUUACUGUAGACGACGAAAGACCCCAAUAUCUUCCAAACAUUACAAAGGUGUCUGUGAGUCAGGAUGCGUUCAAAAUCCAGUUAACUUUCCCUGCUCACGCCGAGUUGCCACUCACUCAAGCCAUACAAGUCCCAGCCUCUUUUAUCUCUCUAGCGAAGACCAUAGAAUACACGGUGAACGACCCGACUUUCGCCGCAGGAGCGAAGGCUCUUCGGGUUCUAUCUUCGUAUCUUAACGAAGCAUCUUACCGGAAUGGCGUACAGGCGAUGGAGGAGGGCAUCUUUAAAUGGUUCAAGGGAACCGACUGCCUCAUCUGCCCUGGUUCGGUACCAUUGGGGUGGAGUAAACAAAAGCAGACAGUGGAUCACAGCUACUUCUCAUCCUUCCACGUGCACAGACGUCCGGGUCCUCCGGAUCAUGUAAGGCAAACUAAUAGAUUCCAAUCAGAGAUUGUGACGGCGUGGGAUCAGAACGGCCUAAAUGGAUUACCACACUGGGGGAAAGGAUUCCUGCAUUUCCCAUCCCUAAAACAGCGGAUCAGAAGAGGCUACGGCUUCGACUUAACCAUUUUCAAAAUCAUCAGACAAACACUUGACCCCUUGGGUGUGUUCACAGACGAUUUACUGAGACGCGUUUUUGACAUAUACAGUUAUUCUUUUUUUGGUUGAUUUAGAAUAAUG